GAUAUCGAAAUGAUUGCAUAUGACACUUAUCUAAAGCGCUACAAUAUGUACAUUUUAUCAAGAAGACUUAUUAAUAGAAUAUCUGCUGUUGCCAACACCGCUUUUAUACAUCCGGUGUCAUGGCUGCCUAAGCAUGGGUUUGACAGUUCGUUUGUCUAAUACUGUAUUGCCAUUUUAAACUAACACCAGUUACUGAUACGAAUUAUCUGAAAAUGGAUUUGCAACCAUUGCUAGAGAGUUUAAAGAUAGUGGAUGAUGCAAACACAACAGACAAGGCUCUUAGUGAUAUACUAAAAAGGUUUACAGACUCUAAAAAUGUGGAUGAGGUUGCGAUCACAAUGACAGGGGAGGGUCUGCUGGACAGUCUGCUGCCCCUUGCCAGCACAGCCCACAUCACCAAGGUAGCUGAGAUCCUUGCAGAGGUUGCAAAAACAGAAUCAAUCCGAGAGCCAUGCGUGGAGAAAGGUUUUGUCCCACUGCUCUUGAGAGUACUAGAGGAGCAGACAGAUGUGGCCAGUAUGACACAGGCCUGUAGGGCCAUGGGAAAUGUUUGCUUUGAUAAUGACCUAGGGCGGAGUGCUGUAGAGAAGUAUGAUGGCAUCAAGACACUGCUAUCCUUGCUUCAGGCCCAGCUCUCCAGCAAGCACGAGGGAGCUGACAAGCUACGCAUCAUCGCCUGUGGAUUCCUCCUCAAUCUCACCAACUCUAAUGAUGUGCUACAGCAGGCAGCUCUGGAGGGAGGAGCUCUGGAGGUGAUGUCCAAGUACCUGCAGCAUUGCCAGGAUGAGGGGGGACUUUGUAACAUGGUCCUUGUCACAAUUGCCAGCCUCACUGACUCAGAACGAUGUAAGGAGAAAUUGGUGGCAUGUAACCUGUGCUCAAGUCUAGUCACAUUCCUGUGUUCGCCGAUGGGAGAUGAGAACUAUGAGUCAGUCUUGGACAUCCUGAUAGCAGUUGCAGAAUGGGAUGAGGUGAAGGACGUGCUGGCGAGGACGGAGCUGUGUUCUCACCUGAUACAGCUCGCUCAAACAAAUGUGCAGGAGAACGCUGAGUACAGCGAGGACAAUCUACAGAAGGUCAAGAUGGCAUCUGACCUGCUCAUUCUUCUGCUCACUGGAGAGAAAAGCAUGGAGAUGUUAUUUGGUGGUGGCAAGGGUGAGAUAUUCAAAGAGUCCCUGAAUUGGCUGGACUCUGACCAUGAACACCUGCAGCUGUCUGGGGCCCUGGCGGUUGGAAACUUUGCCAGGAGUGAUGAGCAUUGCAGGUUCCUGGUGGAGCAUGGUGUGAUACAGCGACUUCUCAGACUUCUCAAACCUACUUAUGGGGAGGCAAAGUGUACGCUGGAGCAUGCAGCACUCAGUGCCCUUAGAAACCUUGCAAUACCAGCUGGGAACAAGACAUCACUGAUCAAAGCUGGAGUUAUUGAUGCAGUUUUGGUGUGUGUUGACUCAGAAAUGCUGGCUGUCAUCUUUAAAAUACUUGGUGUGCUACGAAUGCUAGUUGAUGGACAAGAGGAGGCAGCCCUGCGUCUGGGUCAGGACCGAGAGUUCAUCACUCGCCUGGUGGAGUGGAGUGCGUGUGAACAACACCCUGGGGUCAAAGGUGAGGCAACGCGGCUGUUGGCCUGGUUAAUAAAGAACAGCAGGGCAGAGGAGGUGAUGCGCAACAUCAUCCGGGCUGACGGCAUCCCACACCUGGUCUCCAUGACAACAUCAGAACACGUAGUCAUGCAGAACGAAGCUCUAGUCAGCCUCACCUUGAUUGUUACCAUGGUUCUAGCGGAUGCUGCAUUGCCAAUGAAGGAGGCAGACCUGUCUGAGACAAUCUGCAGUUUGCUACAGGACCAGCACACUCUGCCAGAGAUCCUGUGUAACACUCUCACCCUUGUCAGAACCAUCCUCACAUCUGAGCACUUGCGAGAUGACAUGUUGUCGUCCAGUGCGUGUGACGCAAUGCGGGUGUUGAUGGACCAUUCUGAUGAGAAGGUGAGACAGGCUGCCUCCACUGUGGCCCCACUGCUGGAGGAUACCACUGAGGGAGAGAGAUGACACCCCCCCAACAUAACGACAGGCUUGUGCACACAGAAGAAUAUAGAACAGUUCACCAACUAACCUGGGCAUUAAACAUUACUGGUCAGGAUAUACCCAAAAGACCUUUGCAACAGGACAAGGUGCUGUUUUGGUCAAUUCCAAAUUUAUUAUAACAAUAAGAUAGUAAGAGAGACUUGUUCACACGUAAGCUAAUGAUUAAAUACAUCAAAUGAUCUUUUUUUGAAAAUCACAAAUCUUUUAAACCAGUCCCUUUAAUUUUAUAUGUUGCCUACUUGUAAAAUGAUUAAUUUAUAAUGUUAUUUUUUCUGCUCAUAGAAGAAAAAACAACAACUGUGUACCUACCAAAUAUAUACAUUAACAACAACAUUGCCCUUAAUUUGCAUUGUAUGAUUUAUAGAUAAGAGCAAAAAUAUUAUUUGCUUACAAUAAUUUUUAAUUUUACAAUGAAUUAGUAGGUUACUCUUAUUCGUGGUAUUUGAUUACUGACAGAAGUUUUAAUGAAAUGAGGAAUAUAAUAGGUCUUUUUCAAAUAUUUUUUAUUUAAACUCUUUUACUGUUGUUGACAAUCAAACCAGUGUUACCUUUAUUGUCAGUGUACUUUUGUUACAGAAAGUGUUCAAUAAAGGAGAUUUCCAAUUAAUAUUGUUAUUUACCUUUUUUUAAACAAUUUAAAUUUGUCAACAAAUUAUUAACAUACUUUUGAAAGUCUAAUGCAUUUAAGUGCUGUAUGAGAUUAGGAGUGUACACCACUUUUUUAAAUCAAUUGUUUGAGUGUUUAAAUACUUUCUAAUAAUAUUGUUAUCAUUUGUUCAGGCCUGUUGUUGAUUAGGAUAUACAAGAACUUGUUGUCUGACUUAAAACUCUGUAACUGUUGUUUCCAUAUGGUAACUGUUAAGAUCACUGUGUGAAAAAAUAAUAAAUUUCGAAAAUGAAGCCCUGCAUCAAACACGUUUAGUGGCAUAAAAUGAGGAAAUAUUGUUUGGAGAGUAAGUAUAAUAACAGGUUGGAAAAUACAGAAUGCUCUAUCUCAUCUGACUUUUUAAUGGAUGACCUUAAUGUUUGCCACAACACAGAUUUCAUAGAUAGCUUCAAUGUGACCACGUUUGAUCUGUUGAACCAAUGUUGUUAAAUGUGGAACUUGUUUAGCUUGCAUGACAUAAACAUGCUAAUGGUGAACUCCUUUUGAGCCUUGUCAAUAUUUUACGGUGAACUCACUAGUCCAAAUAUAUUUCCUGAUCUUUAUGCAACUUGCUCAGAACAUUUCUCCCAAUGAUAACUCAGCUGAGCCACAUUGAAAACUAGUUUAUGGUGGGAUAAAAACUAGUUCACAAGUUAUGGUUGAAGAAAAACCAUAUAAACACCCUUUAAAUUACAUUUUUAUGCAAAUAAAAAAUAAACAAAAAUAGAUUCUCUCAAUGAUAUAUUAAUACAGUUCAAAAAUGGUUCCGCUUUAAUUAAAUGCUAGCUGAAAGGAAAUAUCACAGUGGUUAACCACCAUGAAGUAUGGUAUUAUUAAAAACUAAGUUUGUAAAACAUUUUUACCAUCAUAUUAUUGGCACAUGUCUUAUAAUAUAAACUUGGUGUCUAUCUGCUCUCCGAGCUCUCUUGUUACCUUUAGUGACUCAUUGCAAAUGCAUAUUUGUUUUGCCUGGUAAACAAAGAUUCACAUUUUCAAUAUCUAUCUAUUGUAAGAUAUUGCACAUUAGAAGGAAGUGGAUGUUAUGCUGAAUAUUUUGUCCUGUUUGUUGAUAUAUUAGUAGUAUUAGCGGGUAAAACACUUAACAAGAAUGUUUGAAUUCAAUAAAUAGCUGUUUUAAUAUAUGGAUACAAAAGAUGUACACUCACAUAUUUGGGGGUUUUUAUGCCCCGGAAGGUGGGCAUAUAGUGAUUGCAUUUCCGUCUGUCUGUCUGUCCAUCACACUUUUGCGUUUAGGUUUCAAAAAAUUGUCAUAACUUCUAUGUCGCUUCAGAUGCAACCUUCAAAUUUGGUAUGCAUGUGUAUAUAGACAAAGCCUUUCCAUACGCACACACAUUUUGACCCCCUUUACCUUGAACUUAGGGUCCGCGUUUAGGUUUCGAAAUCUGCGUUUAGGUUUCGAAAAAGCGUUUUUCAGGGGCAUAUGUCUUCCUAUAUAGACAGCUAUUGUUUAUGAUUAUGUUUAUCUCCAUUGUAUUUCAAGUUAUAAAAACUUUAUACAUGAUAAGCAUUAUAGCAGAAGCAUUUGUUAGGUAAAGUAGUUGUUGUGAGACAUAUUCAUCAAAAUAAUGUGUUAGUUAUUUAAGGAACCCUAGUGCUUUAUAUCAUAUUAAUGGUUAAUCAGACACAAGGCAAGGAUCUACAUUUCAAAUACUAAGGUCAUUCCUAAACUUCACCUGAUGUUUGACAUGCAUGCCAUUGUCGUUAUUUCUUAUUUUAGCACGAUCACAACCCAUGCACUCCCAGCAAUGGCUAAAUGUUUUGCGAUGACUUUCUAUAACUUGCAACAGAAAUGUCAAUACACUGCUAGCUAAUGAGCUUGCAUAGAAGAUUGCCCACAUUUAACCAUAUAACAUCACAGUUAUUAAACAUCACAGAACAAUUGGAACUCUGAUACGUAAUAUGAAACAAUUAUGGAAGUAAAUAUUAAAACUGUACAGUCAAUGGCAUGUUUCCUCUCUUAGUUAAGUGUUAGGUUUUGACUUGCUCAGUAGAGCGCCGGACUUAACCGGUUGAAAUCCUUUCUACUGGCAUUCUUCCCCUAUCUCUGAUUACAAGAGAGCCAUUGGUAGUUACUGGCAUACAUGCAGUCCACAUGGCUGUCCUCCACACUCAUUAUUACCAUACAUGCACUCCAUAAUAUAUGCUGAAACAGUGGCCUCAUGAUGCCUUUAAUGUGCUUAAGCUGAAUUGUUAAGGGCUUAUUUUCGUACAAUAAGGAUCCAAUAUUUAAGCAUAAUAUUUGCUCAAAUUAAAACGUGUAGUAUUCUUACUGAUGGAUAAAGUGUCUCUAACAUUAAGCUGUUUCACUCAGUUUAUGUCUCUUUGUGAAUAAUUAUAUUGUUUUGAUUUGAUGGAUUAGUGUUAACCCUUAAAAGGGUUGUUUUUUGGUUUCUUCAUUUUCAGAAGUUAUACUGGCUUAAUGGCAGUCAGUAAACCUAUACUCUCUUUUCCAGGCAAAGGUUAGUAAAUCUAAGUGAUUUACCAAUACUAAGUGUGAUAUGUUUGCUAGUAAAUAACAUCUGCCCAACUUAAAUCAGAAGUGGGAGAAAUGGCAUUACCAUUAUUUAAUGACCAAUCCACAAGUUAUGUGGUUGGAUUGGGAUAGAAAACUCUUGAUCCCCAGUUUGACAGAGAGGCGCUGUUAUGUAUCCAGGCUAACAUGUACAUGUUUUUAUGUGUGGGAACAACCACAAGUAUAUACCUAUAUACGGCAUUCAAAUUCUCUUUUUCGAGAUCAAAAAUAAACCUGACAAAGUUCUGCUUGUUGAACAUGUCAUGAAAGUCACAAUGGCUGGACUUAUAUUUUCUGGUCACUGUGUCCUCAAGUCAUCAAGGGUUCAACAAAUCAAACCAAUACAAAUGGAGAGUCCUUUUGUUGUCACAAAAACAUUUUAGGAUUAAAGUAACCAUUCAUGGUGACAACCAUUUUAUGAAAUCCAUCUUGUUGUUUGUUACAUUCUGUAUGAUUCUUCUAAUUUUUUGUGGUGCUUUGCCAUUGCUACCACUAUUAUGUGUAUUUAUUUGCAUUUAUUGGCAGAUUAGCAUUGUAUAUGUUGAAUACAUUGUCUUAAAAGAA